AUGCGUCUGAUCUCGAUACAUCAAUUACUUUCUGCACUCCAAAUGUUUGUAUCUAUAAGCACGAACCUAGUUCCUCAUUCCUGUAGUGACCCAUCACCUUCACUCCCGACACACGCGUAUCUGUCGAAUCUCAAAGAACGAUUUAACUAUGCUUCGCAUGUCUGUGCAGCAAUGGUAUUAAACACCAAUACUGGAGCCAGAUCUGCUCAUGCUAUUCUUACUGAAAGCAAGGAUCAAUAUAUGCUUAAUGAAUGUGACGCCGGGAAGUUUGUAGUUGUUCAACUAUGCAAUGAUAUCUUGAUCGAUACAAUUGUACUUGCCAAUUUCGAGUUUUUCUCGUCAACUUUUAAACAUAUUAGAAUUUCCGCCAACAAUGAACAUCCGCCUAGAAAAGAAAGGCCAUGGCGUUUGUUGGGAGAAUAUAAAGCUGGGAACACGAGAGACUUACAGGUAUUCAAAGUCAAAGAUCCUCUCCUUUGGGCCCGUUAUAUUCGUAUAGACUUUGUAAGUCACUACGGCCGUCAAUACUACUGUCCUGUCAGCCUUUUACGCGUAUACGGAGUCACCAUGAUUGAAGACUAUAGGCGCAAGGAAGAAGAGGACUCUUCCUCCGGAGCUUCUAAUAUAACCACAAGAAUAAAUAAAACCGAUGAUAACGGCGCUAUGGGAGAGCUUAUUGACUAUUUAAAAACUGAGGAAGAGACGUCAAAAGGGAUUGAUAAGAAACUGAGUGGCGAGAAUGAGGAAAAAGGCAGCGAAGAAAAAAGUGAUAAACGGAAUGGUGGUGGUAAUGGGAAAAAUGAAGGAUUGAGUCCUGGAAAUGAUCAGGGAAGCGAUGAUGAUAGAAAGGGGAGGGUUAACGAAGCAAGCGGCGGCGAAGUUGAUAGAGUAACCAAUUCAGGGAAACGUAAUCUGUAUAGAGAAGAUUCAAAUUUUUUGCAUACACUCCUUGCCUCUGAUUCUAUGUCUAUGUUUCAGUGUCCUCGAAUACAUGACGAAAAGGAAAUAUUUAGCUAUCCGCUCUGCAAAAUUACAAAUGACCCAUAUGUCUCUCCCUCCACUCAACUGUCUUCACAAGAAGCUUUCCCUCGCAUCCAAAAAGAAGAUUCCAAUGCUGCUGAUACUCAGAGCAUCUAUCAAAAGUUUCUCAAUCGUUUUUCUGAUCUUGAACUUAAUGCAAUUGCAGAAAGGAAAUCUACAAAGAAGGUCCUGAACAAGAUUUUGGGUUUUAUGACCAAAUUAAACCACAAUAUGACGGGACUGGAAGAAAGAUUGACGAGGGUUGAAAGCACUAUAAGUGAGCAUGGCAGAGAGAUAAGAGAGCAUGGCAGAGAGAUAAGAUUGCUAUCUAAACGGAUGGAAUUUUAUGCAGAGAUUUCUACUCUGGAAUAUGUCAUCAUCGUUUGGCUUCUUAUCCUUACGCUUGUCAUGGUUGCAGUAUUAUACAAUUACUAUGUUCCACAGAAAUUUCUCGACACUAUUCAUGACUUGUACCAUACAACGACGACCGAAUCAUCGGUCGCAAAACGUGUACAAGAAUUACAUAUAGAGCAAAUGUCCACGCCUCCAAUAGUACCGCCGUCGCUACAAAAGAAGGUUACAAGAGGCAGAAGAAAGGUCAUUGAAGAAGUGACAACAGGGAGUAUUGCUGCGUCUAUAAUUAAGAAACGGCAAGCAGACCAAAAAAUGGAUUCAGUUAAUAACAAAUCGAAUAAAAAGCAAAAAAAAGUCGUAGAUAAUUAA